UCAGUAAACUUUGAACCAUUGAUUGUAAACACUGAAGGCAAAUUUGCUUUCUCCAUCCUGAUGUACAAUGCAGUGUGAUAUAAUAUUAUGAGCUUAUUGAAAUGCGUAGUCAUUCUAUGGUCACUGCUUAGACUGCAUGUUUGUGGUACUACCAGCUAAAAUACAGUAAAGUACAAUAUAUUGCCUGCAAUGAAAAGGGGGAUUGUUUCACUACUGCUGGUUUUCUUCAUCUGUUGCCAUGCAAAAAUGCAAGUCAUCAGAAGCAAGACUGAAGCAAUGCAGUUCAUUGCCAAACAAAGGUAUACAAAUGCAUAUAAAGCAAAAGCAGAGGAAUUACAAGCAAUAGUACAAGAUUUUGUUUUGCGACCUCUGCUGUAUUCCACAGAGCACUUGGUAUCUGAGACAACAUUGAAAGAUCAAGCCUAUGUUACAAAUAAAACACCUACUGAAAAAUUGACAGAAGAAACUACAAAAAUGACAGUGACAAAUGUAACAGUGGAACCUAUAACAAUGACGGUGACAAAUAUAACAGUGGCGACUACAAUGAUGACAGUGACAAACACAACGAUGGAAGCUACAACAAUGGUAGCAACUGAAAUAACAGAGGAACCAGAAAGUCAGUGCCUCAUGGACCUGGAAACGUUUGGAUCUGAUAUUUUAGGAGAAGAACAUUAUGCUCUGAUGAUGUUAGAUUCAUAUGGUAAGCUUCCACCUGGUAUACUCCAAGGUAAUAUAUUGUGGCUUGGACUUUAUGAUCAAUGCUUAAACCAAUCUAGAGAGAUUGACGACCAUCAAGCACAGUUUGCUGCACAAUACUGUUUAGCUUCAAUUACAAAAGAUAAAAAUCCACAACCUAUUCUUAAUGUUGGAGUAUGUGUUCCUGAUAGCUGCAACAGUGCUGAGUUGAUGGAAUAUUUGAAUGUUAUUGACGAAGCAAAUAUUACAGUAUCUGUCAUGUGCCAUAAGGAAUUUGAUUAUUCAUCCGGUGCUAUAGCUUGUUUAACUUUGCUAGCGUUUCUGGGUUGUCUAAUACUUGUGGGAACAGCAAUUGAAGCAUUCAACAAGUAUAAAGAGUCAGAAACUGAGAAUGAGGGAUUUGAAAGGCUGGCAUCCAAAAACCAAUCACAAUUGACAGAUAACGAACAGACCAAAACUACCCCUGUGAAUGGACCAAGUCGUGUUACAACAAUUGAUGUCGGUGGGGAGAACACACAUGGAUUUCUUAUUCAAUUUCUUCUUUGUUUUUCUUUGUUGACUAAUGGUAGUAAGAUUUUGAAGGCCAAGCAAGGGGAAGGCAGUUUAGGAGCACUUAAUGGUUUUAGAGUCCUUAGCUUAUGGUGGGUGAUUUUAGGCCAUUCUUAUGCAUUUGGAAUGGCAUUGUUCACUAACCCUACUAAAAUUGUUGAUGUACUUUCACGGUUCACAUUCCAGGCUAUUGGUAAUGCUACCUUUUCGGUUGAUUCCUUUUUCUUUCUCAGUGGCUUACUCGUAACUUACUUAACUUUGAAAUAUUUGCGGAACAAUAAUGGUAAGCUGAACUGGGUGAUGUUUUAUGUCCAUAGAUACCUCAGACUGACUCCUGUUUAUAUGCUUGUUAUUUUCAUGUAUACGACCUUAACACCAUACUUUGCAACUGGACCACUUUACUCGUAUAUAUUUGAUCCAAAUCCUGCCCCUGGUGUGGACACUCAAAUAACAUUAUGCCAAGAUUACUGGUGGACAAAUUUACUCUACAUCAAUAAUCUCUACCCCUCAAAUCUUGCGAAAGAAUGUCUUGAUUGGAGUUGGUACCUUGCAAAUGAUAUGCAAUUCUUUAUCAUCAGUCCCUUCAUUAUCUAUCUUCUGUAUCACUAUUUCUUUGCUGGGGUAGCUGUUUGGUGCAUCCUUCUGCUAACAUGUUUCUCCAGUUUGAUAGGAGAAUCUAUCAAACAUGAUGUCACUACAGAAUUUAUUCCAGAGGACCCCACCCAAAUUAAUUUUGUGGGAGAUGUAAUCUAUGUACAACCAUGGACCCGUAUUUCCACAUACCUUGUCGGUAUGGCUGUGGGAUACAUAUUGUACAAGUAUCGAGGGCGGGUUCGUAUGUCACUUUCUAUGACCUUAUUAGGAUGGGUUACUGCAACUGUGAUUGGUCUUGCAGUUGUUUACGGUCUCUAUGGCAACUUCCAUGGCAACCACCUCAGUAAAGCUGCUACGGUUGUGUAUAUCACUUUGUGUCGGUUUGCUUGGGCCAUUGCUCUUGCAUGGGUUGUAUUUGCAUGUGCAACUGGUUAUGGUGGGCCAGUAAAUUCUUUACUUUCCUGGUCAGCCUGGAUACCACUUGCCCGCAUCAGUUACUGUGCUUACCUUCUUCAUCCUAUCAUCAUGUUUGUAUUCUACUAUUCCCUUCCAACUGCAGUUUAUUUCUCUGAUUUUUUGAUGGUGUACUUUUUCCUUGGUCAUCUUGUGUUAUCAUAUACCGGAGCAUUUGUUUUAUCAGUAUGUGCAGAAGCACCGUUUAUGGCGUUGGAAAAACUGCUCUUAAAGCGUGAUAAGAGUGUGUAAGUUUUUAGGAGUCUUAUUAUUUCAAUAAUUUCAGUUACUAAUACUGGCGGUUGGAUGGUUAAUGUUAUGGACAAAUGAAUUAAUGAUUAUAUAUAUAAUGAGUUUCUUAUAAAAUGAGUUUCUUAUAAAAUAAGUUUCCAAAAAUGUUUAUAUUGACAUGGGCACAGCCAGAGAGGGUCAAGGAACCUGUGCCACCACUUUCCGUAUGCGAACACCUCCCUCAAUGCCCACUCUCAUAUGGUCUUGUUUGUCUUUUCAGUUCAUUUCUCGUAAGCCACCACUAAAUAAGCGACCACAAACAAUUUUGGACUUUUGGAUUUUUCUUAUGAUUCCUGUAAGCAAUCCACCUUAGAAGUUUGUUAUAUCUUUUGGCAAAAAAUACCAUCAGAUUAUCUAUCAAGUUGAACCUUAACCAAGUUGAACCUAAUAUUAUAGACACUAACACUAUUAAAGAAAAUAAAGGCAAUAAGAUAAUAGGCCUACACUUGCAGUAGGUCAUAGAACAACAUGCCUGCUUUUAAGACCUAUUUAAAUAGGCCUUUAAUAAGGUUAAUGAUUAUAAAAACAUAGUACCCUUUGUUAGUGGAACUAGGGAAGAGUGAAAUCUCACAACAAAUUUAUUUUCUUGCUUACACAUUGUGUUCAGGCUGAUUUUUUUGUUAGGUGUUUCAGAAAUUAAUGUGAUGAAAUUUGUAAAUUCUAUCUUCCGUCACAUAAAAUAAGGUAAAUUUUUCUUGGCCCCAGGACCCUGGCCAUGAGCCCUAGCCGGCGCUCAGGCCCCAAUCUUAUUGCUCGCUGCGCCCGCAAGGCUUGAACCCCCACAAAUUUUACCCUGGCUGUGCGCCCUGAUUGACCAGUCGCAGUUCAAUUUUUUUUUUAAAUUAAUUUUGAUAAGCAAGUCAUCUGUCAUUGUUUUUAUCUUGUAUGUAUUUCAAGGUGCUAAUAAAAUUAAGUGACGGAAAUGAA